AUGGUAAUGCUGUAUUCAGAUGAACUAGAGCUGCCCAAAACAGAUCACAGGCUCUGGAGACUGCGAGUCGACAGUUUAGGUAGCGAAAAGUGGGAAUAUUUGAGUAAUGCUGAUGCAAAAUCGGAUGAACAGUCAUCGUACGUGAAACAGCUCUUGGGAACUUCAGGAUUUGAAGAGCCCAGCCCAAUCGAUGAUAGAAGUGCUGAGGAACAUAGUGCAUAUGAAACUGCCUUUCAAGGCGCUCGGUUUUUCUCGAAGCUCCAAGAACCUGAAUCGGGUAUUUUCCCGUGCCAGUACAAAGGUCCAAUGUUUUUAACUGUUGGUUACGUGGGAGUUCACUUCUGCGCUGGUGUUCCAAUUCCAGAACCUGUAAGGAUUGAGCUCGUAAGAUUUAUUGUGAACUCGGCCCACCCAGUGGACGGCGGCUGGGGGCUUCACGAGGUUGACAAGUCCACUGCUUUCGGAACAGCAAUUAACUACGUGCUUUUGAGGCUUCUCGGACUUCCAGCUGAUCAUAUAGUGUGCAAAAGAGCGCAGAAAACCCUUCACAGGCUCGGUGGAGCCCUUGGUGUACCCCACUGGGGCAAAUGUUGGCUGUCUAUUCUAAAUCUUUACAAGUGGGAAGGCGUUAAUCCGGCUCCUCCAGAGCUAUGGUUGCUACCGUACGCACUGCCGAUACAUCCUGGUAGGUGGUGGGUGCAUACGAGGGCUGUGUAUCAGGCUCUAGGUUAUUUAUCAUCCUUAAAGUUCACCUGUCAAUUAACUCCUCUCUUACAGGAGAUUAGAGGCGAGAUUUACGUGAAGCCUUUUGAUUCCAUUGAUUUUAGCAAGCAUCGGAAUACAGUCUGCAACGUGGAUCUCUACUAUCCACAUACCAAAAUUUUGAAUACUGCCAAUUCAGCGCUUACCUUUUAUGAAAAGCAUAUGAGACCUAAUUGGCUCUUGAGAUAUACGAACAAGAAGUGUUACGACCUCAUAAAAAAAGAAAUUGAGAAUACCGAUUAUCUGUGUAUUGCACCAGUGAGUAUGGCAUUUUGCGCUCUUGUUGUCUUAGCCGAAGAAGGUAAGGACUCUUAUCAAUUCAAGCGAUUUCUCGAAGGGUUUAAGGAAGUUUUAUUUAUGGGCCCAAAAGGUAUUACAGUGAUGGGAACCAAUGGUGCUCAAACCUGGGAUUGCGCUUUUGCUGUCCAAUAUUAUUUUGUGGCUGGCUUGGCGGAGAAGCCGGAGUUCAAAUCGACGAUAGAGAGUGCUUAUAAAUUUUUAUGUCGCACUCAAUUCGAUACCGAAUGCGUUCCAGGUAGUUUCCGCGAUAAAAGAAUAGGUGGUUGGCCUUUUUCUACAAAGCCACAAGGAUAUACGGUGUCUGACUGUACUGCAGAGGCGCUUAAGGCAAUAAUAAUGGUCAAAAAUUCCCCAGCAUUUUCUCAUGUAAAAGAUGAAAUAUCUGAUGAAAGAUUAACAAAAGGUAUAGACGUCCUUCUGAGCCUGCAAAAUACAGGGUCAUUUGAGUAUGGCUCAUUCGCCACCUAUGAAAAAAUAAGGGCGACAACAGCAUUGGAAAAGCUGAAUCCUGCUGAGGUUUUUGGUAAUAUCAUGGUUGAAUUUCCAUACGUCGAAUGCACAGACUCGUCGAUCUUGGGUUUAACUUACUUCACCAAAUACUAUUCUUACCGCAAGAAUGAUAUAGAGAAUGCCAUCGACAUUGGGAUUAAAUACAUCAAAAAAGCACAGGGGGAGGACGGUAGUUGGUACGGAUGCUGGGGUAUUUGUUUCACGUAUGCAAGCAUGUUUGCCUUAGAGGCUUUCAGUACUGUGAAUGAAAAGUAUACGAAUUCAAGAUAUGUGAAGAAAGCUUGCGAGUUUUUAGUGUCCAAGCAAAGAGCAGAUGGUGGUUGGAGUGAGUCCAUGAAAUCGUCCGAGCUUCAUACAUACGUGGAAGCGGAGAAGUCGCUAGUUGUUCAAACGUCGUGGGCUCUUAUUGGAUUAUUGCUAGCAGACUACCCAGAUAAAGCCACUAUUGAUAAAGGUAUCAGCCUCUUGAAGCAAAGACAAUUAGCAUCGGGAAAUUGGAAGUUCGAAGCACCCGAAGGAGUGUUCAAUCAUUCUUGUGCAAUCGAGUAUGCAAGUUACAGAUUUUUAUUCCCUAUCAAAGCGCUCGGUUUAUAUGCUAAGAAAUAUGAAUCUUGA